GGUUCAGGGACGGGCACGGUCCGCUGCAGAGACCUGGCGCUCGUCCUGAGCACACCGCUGUCCUGCUCAGCGGCGUCCCUCUGAAACCUCCCGGGAACGUGUUCUCACUGCGAGAGGAUUUGCAGCUCUGAGAUGCUUUAUUACUGUAGAACUUGCUUGUGGGGAAGAUAAUGAAAAUUGAAGCUUUGAUCCUGCGUUAGGCAAUGAUUGUCCGACUUUUGGACAAAGUCCUGAAAGCAGUGCGGGAAAGAAAUGCUGCAUAAUGCCUGGAUUUUCUUGAAUCCUCUUGUGUCUCUUAUAAUGAGAUCUCGUAGAGGGGCAGCCUGGUAAAGGCUCUAAAUCAUAAGAUUUUCAACUGAAUUCUCAUCUAUCAACACUGGCAAAUAUUCACAAGAUUUACCACACCCUCAAUAGGCUGAAUCUGACAGAGGACGUUGGUCAAGACGAUCACCAGACAGGAAGUCUUCGGUCUUGCAGUUCAUCAGACUGCUUUAGUAAAGUGAUGCCUCCAAGGAAAAAGAGGAGACCUGCAGCAGGAGAUGAUUUAUCUGCUAAGAAAAGUAGACAUGAUGGUAUGUAUAGAAAAUACGAUUCAACUAGAAUAAAAGCAGAGGAAGAAGAAGUCUUUUCAAGUAAGAGAUGCUUAGAAUGGUUCUAUGAAUAUGCAGGCACGGAUGACAUUGUAGGGCCAGAAGGUAUGGAGAAAUUUUGUGAAGACAUUGGAGUUGAACCAGAAAAUGUAGUUAUGCUUGUGCUAGCAUGGAAGUUGGAUGCACAAAAUAUGGGCUAUUUCACAUUACAAGAAUGGUUAAAAGGAAUGACAUCACUACAGUGUGAUACUACAGAAAAAUUGAGAAAUUCUCUGGAUUACUUGAGAUCUUUAUUAAAUGAGCCUACCAAUUUUAAACUUAUUUAUAGAUAUGCCUUUGACUUUGCACGGGAAAAGGACCAGCGCAGCCUAGAUAUCAAUACUGCCAAGUGUAUGUUGGGCCUUCUUUUAGGAAAAGCAUGGUCCCUUUUUCCAGUGUUUCAUCAGUUUCUAGAGCAAUCAAAAUACAAAGUUAUCAAUAAGGACCAAUGGUGUAACGUUCUUGAAUUCAGCAGAACAAUUAACCUUGACCUCAGUAACUAUGAUGAAGAUGGAGCCUGGCCAGUGUUGUUGGAUGAGUUUGUGGAGUGGUAUAAAGGAAAACAGAUGACAUAGGAGUUUAACUAUGCACAGCCACUCAAGAGUCACUGUUACCACAGUUAUGUCAACCAUUAGCCAUAAACUGCUAUUUGUAUCAAAGUGCAUGCUGCUUUUCUUGCACUGCAUCCCUUUGGCAAGGAACUUUUGAUGUUUGCUAUUUAACAAGCUAGCUAUGCUUGCUGUUUAGCAUUGUUCUCUUUAAAGGCUGCUUUGCAUUUUGUAUUUACACUACAAAUUGGUGAACUUGCCAGAGUCUUCACUGUGAUUAUGUGUAUAUUGCUGUCUAAAUUUUGUAUAUGUGUAUAAAAAAAGGCUUCACCUAGGAAUUAUUUCUGCAGAAAUGUAUUGUAAAAAUAAUUUUGUGGCAUAUUUCUAAUCAUCACUUACAUGUCUGUUGAAACUUUAGUUAUUUUGGUUUUUUUUUGGUCUCAAAUGUAGCAUUUCAGUCUUUCUGGACAUAGUUAUGUGAAGAACUAUUUACGGUUUCAAUGUUACUAUUUGAGAUGCCAAUUUCUGAGAAGAGAAGACAUGCUGUGAUUUCCUUCACCAGAAUUUGCCAAACCUGACUUAAUGCUUUAUAGGAAUGAAAUAUUGGUGUCUUAAAAAAUAUAUAUACAUAUAAAUAUUUAAACACUGUAAUAGCUGUACAUGCCACAGAUGAUUUCCAUUUGAAGAAAAAAGUACUGACUUUUUAAUGUUAAAACUGCAGUAGUUGUUACAGGUACAAAAGAACAAAUUAAAGUACCUUUUAAAAAUGGG